AUGGACCAAACCCAGGAACAGGGGCCUCCGGAUCCUUUCCAUGCUCUCGAUUUAGCUGCGAAGGAGACGACGACUGCUCUCGCUUGCGCAAAUAUCCGCCAUGGCUUUAUUGGCGAAUACGCGACAUCCCUUACCGGCGGAGCGAGAAUGGCAAAGGACAUUCAUGUUAUCAUUGAUGCAGAUCCGAAUGACGCGAGAGACCUGCUUCUUCGGGCGUGUUCCGGGUUCUCACUGACCAUGGCUAACAAGCUGAUCUUCACAACCGAGACGCAAAAAAUUGCAGUUGAAUUUCUUCGCAGUGUCCCUAUCGUGACUCCAUCCGUCUUCAUCCGGACCAUGAUCAAGAGAUGGUCAUUGAUAUCCGAGUCUGCCCGCCCUUGGAGAAUAGAACAGGCAACUACCGACAUGGAGAACAUUGAGGAGAACAUUGAGGAGCUCCUAAAUUGGCUCGCUAGAAAUGGAGUUAAAAUAAACUUUGAGGGUUAUCCCAAAGAGGCGGAGAACUAUCACCUCUCUGCAGUCCGCAAGUUGUAUCAGACAAAGGCUUUAUCCGCCCUCUACUCCGGGCUACACUGGAAGAGGAAUAUUUACGUUUCGCCAACAACUAGUUAG